AUGUUAGAAUUUCAAAGAACAUUCGUUUUUGGUGCUGAUGAAUUUGAGGAUUAUCGUUGUAAAUGUGUUUGUCCAUCAUUAACUGUUUUACAAGAUCCAUCAGUAAAUGAAACAAAUCGUCAUAUUUAUAUUGAUAUUGUUCCACCAGAUAAUUGUACAUGUUAUCGUGUUGUAUUUCAUACUAUAAACGCAACACAAAAUUUUCAAGACCGUUUUUGUCCAAGGUAA